AUGAAAGAUCAAGAUGCAUUUGAGAUAGAUUUCUUUCAGCUAAAGCCUUAUUAUACUGGAAUUGAUCUUUUGCCUAGAACAGUCAGGAUUGUAGAAGUUGUGAACUUUUGUCUGAUCAUGGCUACUGGAUUCGCUCCAGCUUCCUUUACAAGUUUAAAGAUCAAAGACAAUGGGUUGGGGAUGGGCUUGGUGAUACCAUUAGGGUUUCACUUACAGAACACCAGAGGAAGAAAUAGAUCUAUGUAG